AAAUGAUUUUGUAACAACUCUCCAACUAACUUUUCUCAGUUUGCUUUUAUAUAAACAAACUCAAAAAAAUUCACAUAACUUCAAAUUUUUCAAUUUUUCAACAAUGGACUAUUUCCUAUUGCUACCUGAAGGUUGUGUUUGUCAUAUUCUCUCCUUUACUUCCCCGAAGGACGUCGUGAUUGCAUCCGCGAUCUCUCGGGGAUUCAACUCUGUUGCUGAAUUCGACGUUAUUUGGGAAAAUUUCUUACCAGAUGAUUAUGAAGAUAUCAACUCGAGAUAUGUCUCUCCGCGGAUUUCUCUGUCUAAAAGGCAACUUUACUUUAGUCUAUGUGACUUCCCUGUUCUAAUGGAUGGAGGAAAAUUGAGUUUUUCACUUGAUAAGAAAACAGGCAAGAAAUGUUUUAUGAUAUCAGCUAGAGAACUUGCUAUUUCAUGGGGAGUUGACACACCAUGGUAUUGGGAAUGGAUUUCUCAUCCCGACUCCAGAUUUUCGGAAGUGGCUCAUCUCAAGGGUGUAAGUUGGCUAGACAUACGAGGCACGAUUGGAACACAAAUAUUGUCGAAAAGAACCAAAUAUGUUGUUUAUUUGGUGUUCAAAUUGGCAAAGGAUCAUGAUGGACUAGAAAUUGCUAAUGCAUUUGUUAGGUUUGUGAACCGUGUGAGCGACAAAGAAGCCGAGGAACGAGCUAGUGUUGUGAGUCUAGUCGGAAAAAGGGUUAGGAGACGCAAAUGUAAUGUGAAACGUCCACGAAAAAGAGUCGAUGGAUGGAUGGAAAUAGAAUUGGGAAAUUUUAUCAACGAUACAGGAGAUGAUGGAGAUGUUGAAGCGCGAUUGAUGGAGAUUACUCGGCUUCAUGGAAAAGGUGGCCUUAUUGUUCAAGGAAUUGAAUUUAGACCAGAAUAAAGAAGAAAUUGUACAAUAAUACUAUAAUAUAUCUUAUGUGUUUUCUUGAUAUAUAAACAAUAAUGUAUUAUGGCUAUUUGCUUUUCGAAAGAUCUAAACACUAUUGGAAUCGAUAUUGAAAUAGUUGACGAUAAAUCGAGCACAUAAUAAAAAUUAAACAAAUGAACACUUA